AAACCCGGUGCUGAUAUUUGCGCAUGCGCAUUAAACGUCCACUGCGAAACGAUCUGCUGGCGCCGAAAUGAUUGUCAUUGACAUGAAAAUAGAGACAAUUAUGUAGCGUACGGAUUUUAAACUUUGUUGUUGCUGAGUCGUUAACCUAAAUUAGGAAGAAAAGCGUGGAGGGAACGUAGAAGAGCUCCGGAAAGGGUCCGUCCGUUUUGUCCUACAAAGGAGCGUUUGACAGGCCCGACGGUAGAUUGGUCCUGGACAAGGAGGAGGUCGGCUCCAGAAAACUACAUGAAGCUAUAAAGUUUGUCCUUUCUGCGGACGGAAACGAGCCAAACAUGAGAAAGGACGUGAGGAUACUGCUAGUCGGAGAGCCCAAAGUGGGGAAGACAUCCCUGAUUAUGUCUCUGGUCAGUGAGGAGUUUCCUGAUGAGGUUCCUCGCAGAGCUGAGGAGAUAACCAUCCCAGCUGAUGUCACACCAGAGAGAGUUCCCACACAUAUUGUGGACUACUCGGAUGCAGAACAGUCCGAGGAGCAGCUGUUUCAGGAGAUAUCCAAGGCGAAUGUUAUCUGCAUAGUUUACUCUGUUAACAACAAGAAGUCAAUAGAAAAGGUGACGAGCCACUGGAUUCCUCUCAUAAAUGACCGAACAGAUAAAGACAGCAGGGUGCCGUUGAUUCUCGUGGGGAACAAGUCGGACCUGGUGGAGCACAGCAGCAUGGAGACCAUCCUGCCCAUCAUGAACCAGUACCAGGACAUUGAGACCUGUGUAGAGUGUUCUGCCAAAAACCUGAAGAACAUCUCGGAGCUGUUCUACUACGCGCAGAAGGCCGUCCUCCACCCGACCGGGCCGCUGUACUGCCCAGAGGAGAAGGAGCUGAAGCCCUCCUGCGUUAAAGCGUUAACUAGAAUAUUUAAGGUCUCUGACCUGGACAACGACGGCAUCCUCAACGACAACGAGCUCAACUUCUUUCAGAGGACAUGUUUCAACACCCCGCUGGCGCCUCAGGCCCUGGAGGAUGUGAAGAAUGUGGUCAGGAGGAACAUGGCGGACGGCGUGAAGGACAACGGACUCACGCUCAAAGGCUUCCUGUUCCUGCACACGCUCUUCAUACAGCGAGGUCGACACGAGACCACGUGGACGGUGCUGAGGAGGUUUGGGUACGACGACGACCUGGAGCUCACGCAGGAAUACCUGUUCCCCCUGAUAAAAAUCCCUCCCGACUGCACCACCGAGCUGAACCACAACGCUUACCUCUUCCUCCAGAGUGUCUUUGACAAACACGACAAAGACAGAGACUGCGCGCUGUCUCCAGAGGAGGUGAAGGACUUGUUCAAAGUGUUUCCCUACAUGCCCUGGGGUCCAGACGUCAACAACACCGUGUGCACGAAUGAUAAGGGAUGGAUCACGUACCAAGGAUACCUCUCUCAGUGGACGCUAACUACCUAUUUGGAUGUGCAGCGGAGUUUGGAGUAUCUAGGUUACCUCGGCUACUCCAUCAUCUGUGAGCAAGAGUCCCAGGCUGCUGCUGUGACCGUCACUCGUAACAAGCGCAUUGACCUGCAGAAGAAGCAGACCCAGCGCAGCGUCUUCCGCUGCAACAUCUUGGGUGCUCAGGGCAGCGGGAAAAGCGGCUUCCUUCAAGCUUUCCUCGGCAGGAACCUGCAGAGACAGAGGCGGAUCAGAGAAGACCACAAGUCCUUCUACGCCAUCAACACCACCUACGUUUAUGGUCAGGAGAAGUACCUGCUGCUCCAUGAAGUGAUGCCAGAUGUUGACUUCCUGUCGGAGACGGACCUGUCCUGCGACGUGGUCUGCCUGGUGUACGACAUCAACAACCCCAGCUCUUUUGAAUACUGUGCAAAAGUAUACAAGCAAUACUUCAUCGACAGCAAGACGCCCUGCGUGGUGAUCGCAGCCAAGUCCGACCUGUACGACGUUCGACAGCACUACAGCCUGUCGCCACACGACUUCUGCCGCAAACACAAGCUCCACCCACCUCAGCCGUUCACGUGCAACACUGCAGACGCUCCCAGCAAAGACAUCUACACAAGACUCACCACCAUGGCCAUGUACCCUCACGCCCGCCUCCGCUGCAUGUGUUCCUGCAACAGGUGCGCUUAUUGCCUGUGUCAGAACCUCCUCAAGUUGGAGCUGCUGCACAGCAUUAAGGCCCAGCUCCGCAGGGUCGUUUACAACAGUCGGUUGGGUUUUGUUUUGACCACGCUGCUGAGAUGUGAGUUUUUGUCGGUGAUGCAGCAGGUAACCGCCAACAUGGAGGAGUCCAUUUAUCUGGAGACGGUGGAGCAAGUGCCCUCCAGAAAGGUAACAAGACACAUGGCUCAGGCGGACCUAAAAAACUCCACCUUCUGGCUCAGAGCCAGCCUGGGUGCCACGGUGUUCGCCGUCCUGGGCUUCGCCAUGUACAGAGCUCUCCUCAAGCAGCGGUGAUCAGGCAGCAUGACAAGCUACGACGACUUCCUCCUCGGCCCGGAUUGUUGCCUCAAACUCCACCUGAACCCUUUUCUCUCAUCAAGAGCAGCAAACAUGCGUUUUAUACCAGAGUGUGGGUUUUCUGAGCAAUGGGCACUCGAUUUUUAAAGUAAUGUGCUUAUUCGGUUUAAUCUGGAUGAUAUUAGCGAGCAGUAGUCGUAGUAAUCAUUGGAUUAAAUUAACUGAUCCAAAUCUGAUUUCCUGUUGGCUUCAUUUAGUUAGAAACAAGGAGACCAGAGAGAAGCAUCCAGACAGACGGGGUGUGUAGUUAUGUAAAUGGGUAUAUUAUGUAUGGAUGAGUUCCUCCAGAAUUUUUAGAGACAACAUCACCAACCAAAAACCAAGCAGCACCACAUUUAACACCAGAACGAACUUUGUGCACUUGUUUUAUUACUAUUUUUGUUUAUUUAUUAACCUGCUUUCAUGCAUGAAUGUUUUUCAUGUAUUUUUUGUAUUCAGUAUUAUAACUCAUGCUUUUCAUUUUUCUGAUUUUCAGUUGAAGCGUUUGACCAUUGUUGUAUUUGAAUGGCCAAACCAUGUGCAAGAGACUCCACUAAUGUUUUGAAACAAAUUCUCUGCUGCCCACUUUUCUCACCUUAAUGCUAUAAAAGUGUUUCUUCUUUUCCGGCAUUUACAAUAAAUGACUGUAUGACCUGA